ACUAUCUUGGGUAAUAAUGGCUUCUUAUUUUGAUUAUUUCCCUUUAGGAAAGACACUGCUGAUCCUGUAACAUGGAGGAUUGCCUUCAUACCUCAUCUGAGAAUCUGUCCAAAUUGGUCAGCUGGGCCCACAGCCAUGGGACUAUUUGCAGCCUCAUUCCUAACCUGAAACACUUGCUUUCAGAAGGUUCCCAUGGGAACCUGACGGCAAUGUGGGGCUGCAGUGCUGGCCAUGCUUAUCACUGGCCACUGACAGCUACUUGCAGAGCUGGCUCCCAAGAAAGGGUCUGUUUCCAGGAUAACAGAAGUUUUAACUCUGAUAGUCCCAGUAUAAUCGGAGUGCCCUCUGAGACACAAGCUAGCCCAGUUGAAAGGUACCCUGGGAGACCAGUGAAAGCGAAGCUAGACUGUAAUCGGACCAGAGACUCUUGUGACUUCUCUUAUUGCAGUGAGCCCUCUGAACUGGACGAAGCUGUUGAAGAGUAUGAAGAUGAAAACACCCUGUUUGACAUGGUUUGUGAGUCUUCUGUUACAGAUGAGGAUAGUGACUUUGAACCCCAAACCCAAAGGCCUCAAAGCAUUGCUCGAAAAAGGCCUGGAAUACUCCCGUCUUCUCUCCAUUCAAGCUCCCAGGCUCAGAUGGUUGAUGAAUGCAGCAAUGAUGUCAUCAUCAAGAAAAUCAAACAGGAGAUUCCUGAAGAUUACUACAUUGUGGCAAAUGCAGAGCUGACUGGAGGAGUCGAUGGACCAGCCCUAUCAUUGACACAAAUGGCAAAACCCAAGCCUCAGACUCAUGCUGGCCCCUCCUGUGUAGGUUCUGCUAAGCUAAUUCCCCACGUAACAUCUGCCAUCAGCACAGAGCUAGAUCCACAUUGUGUGUCUGCCUCCCCCUCUGUGAUGUCUAGACCAAUCGUCCAGAAGAACGCCAGGGCAUCUCUGGCUUCACCAAACAGAGGACCUUCUGGUGCCCAUGGCACCAACCAGCAGGUGGCCAUGCAGAUGCCUGUGAGCACAUCCCAUCCUAACAAACAGAUCAGCAUCCCUUUGUCUGCCCUGCAGCUGCCUGGACAGGAUGAGCAAGUUGCUUCUGAAGAGUUCCUGCCCCAUCUGCCCAGCCAGGUGUCCUCCUGUGAGGUAGCCCUUUCUCCCUCAGUUAACACAGAGCCAGAAGUGAGCUCCAGUCAGCAGCAGCCCCAAGUUGCUCCAACCAUAACCACUGAGGCCAUGGCACAGUGCAUACCAGACCAGGAUGAAAGAGCAGCUGAGCUCAGCAGAGAGCAGAAUGAGAAAACCAUCCGGAGCACGCAGACCGCGCUCCGCAAUUUCCCCUAUUCUACUAAGCUCAACAAAUUUCCUGUCUUUAAUAUUAAUGAUGACUUGAAUGAUCUGUGUACCAGUGCAGUAAGCCCAAAUACUACCAAAGCCACGCGGUAUGCCCUGAAUGUGUGGCGAUAUUGGUGCAUGACCAAUGGGCUCAAAGAUCACACGGACAUCACCAAGAUCCCCGCAGUGAAGUUGAACGAGCUGCUCGAGAACUUUUAUGUCACCGUUAAGAAGAGUGACGGCUCGGACUUCCUGGCCACCUCGCUCCAUGCCAUUCGCCGAGGCCUGGACCGCAUCCUGAAGAAUGCAGGUGUGGGCUUUUCCAUCACCAGCAGCACCUUCAGUUCUUCCACCAAGAAGCUCAAGGAGAAGCUGUGGGUCCUGAGUAAGGCAGGGAUGUCAGGUGCCCGUUCUCGCAAUAUCAUCUACUUCUCCCUUUCCAACGAGGAGGAGAUGUGGCAGGCAGGGUGUCUGGGGGAUGACAGCCCUAUCACUCUCCUGUCCACUGUGGUCAAGUACAACAGCCAGUACCUGAAUAUGCGGACACUGCAGGAGCAUGCAGAUCUGAUGUACGGUGACAUCGAGCUGCUCAAAGACCCACAAAACCAGCCCUAUUUUGCCCGGACAGACAGUGUCAAGAGGGAGAGUCGGAGUGCUUCCACCCGAAUAUGUCACGGGAAAAUCUACCACGAGCAUUCCCGGGGACACAAACAGUGCCCUUACUGCCUCCUCUACAAGUACAUGUACAUCCAUCGGCCACCCACCCAGAUGGAGGCCAAGUCCCCUUUCUACCUUACCGCCCGGAAGGAGGCUGUGGACAUGGGCAGUGUGUGGUAUGAGGAGCAGAGGAUGGGACUUCGGUCUCUUCGGGGAAUUGUUCCGAACUUAGCCAAGAAGGUCAAGCUAGAAAACUGUGAGAACUUCACCUUCGUCUCAUUCACUCAGGUCUCCAGGAGGCUUGGCUCUCACAGCUGCUGCCAGUGAGCCUCCCUGGGUCUGGGCCACUGCUCGGAGGGGCCGGCGAGGACCGGGACUUCACGGCCAGGCUGGUCUGUCACUGUGACCUGCUGUUUCUUUGACUUUGGGUUUCUUAACUGAAAGUAGAUGAUCCUGAAUAAUUAGGAUGUUUUAUCCAAAUGUGUGUCACCUUUGUUAAAUUAUAGAAUCUAAUACUAUGUAUAAUUUCUACAUACACAGGAGCAAGGAAGUUCGUUUUAUCUAGUGCCUUUUUAGCACAGAUUUUCUCAAAAAAAGAAAACUGUUUAAUUAGUGAUUUUUCAGAAAUCCCAGUAGCCUCGUAGCUUUAGAAUGUUUUGAAGACUAUUUACACUUUGUUGAAUUACACUCACAAUGAGAACCAGAAAGAGAGAGGCAGACAUGUUCACUAUUUCCAGAAGAAAAAUUGCACUUGACACUCCCCUUUGUAUUAUGUGGAUGGAUAACUUGGUUCUGCAGAGCAAGCACCUCGCUUGGUGGAAGGUGGUGGAGACUGACUGAGCCACGCUCUCAGCACUGGGGGGAACUUACCUCUGCAUUAGUGGAGACAGUUUUAUGAAAAAAAAGAUUAAUGCACCAGAAGCUGUUUGUAAGAGCAAGGUUUCCAGUAAACUAGAUGGUUCGUACCAUGAGGGAACUGCCAAUAGUAAGAGAAAGUGGCUUGGAAAAGCAAUCUGUGAUCAAAACAUGAAAACCUCCUGAAGCAGAAGUGCCUACGUUCUAUUUCUCAGCACCGUGUGAAAGCUUUUUUCAUUUGAACAUUUUUUAGAGUUUCUUUUUAGUCUGUCCUUUGUGUCAUACAGUUGUCCUGUCAGCAUAUAGCACUGGAUCUGUAAACAAACUAAAGAUAAUUUUGAGGCUGAACCAAGAAAACAAGCUGCAAAGGAAACAAACCGGAAAAUGUCUUUAUUAGAGCGCUUUGAAAUAUGCUUGUCAAAGUAUGACUCCUUCAGCCACAGUAGACAUCGUCACUGUAGGUGGGCGCCAGUGUCUGGGACACGGUGCUGUAGGCGGCCGACCAGGUAAGCGAACCCAGCAUGAAAGGACGUAGUUGUACGUUUCCCAGCAUGAUGACAGGUUACUGAUGCCGUUUGAAACCAUUUCCCUCAGGUACAGUCCAACCUGACCACUUAUGAUGGAAACAUCAGCAGAAUUUCCUAAUAACUACUCUGAACGAGAAGUGGAAAAGGAGCCCAAAGAAUGCUACUUAAUAAUAAUAAUUUCAAGGGAUCUUUAUUUUGUACGUGAGGAAAGACUACUACAACUUUAUACCAUGUGUCCCUUGUAUAUGCUUUCUAAUUCAGCGUGAAAAUUCCAAUCUAAGUUGGAAUUGCAGGUGUCCUAAAAUCAGCCCUAUUUCUUUUUCAAAAUAUUAUUUUAGUAUUUAUUUUAAUUAAUCAUUUUGAAAAAUCAUUCACUGGUCUCUGAAAUAUGUAAUACUUCCUUUCCCAGAGAAGACUCAACCGAUGCUGCCUUAAGGGUUAAUCCUGUUCCCUUUUUAGUUCCUGCACAUUUAGGAUGUUUCCUAGUUGGUCUUUGCUGAAUAGACUCAUGUUGGUAUGUCUCCCUCUGUGUGUGAAUAGCAGGUAAUACUUAUAACUCAGUGUUGUGACUCGGUAGUGCAUACUGUUCUGUUACCGUUUCCUAUAGUGAUUUUAGGGUUUUGAUUAAAAAGAGACACAAAGCAUUAGGUACAGUUUCCUUUUGUUUGCUAAACACCCAAAGGAUAUUUUGUUUGUGGAAAGCAGAUGGUCAUUUUUUUCUUGUCAGUUCUGCACUUAAGCAGAAAUAGAACCUGUGUGAAUUAUUGGGUAGGGCCUGCAGCCGAAUUAAAUCAGAUCUCCGUUUUAAUUUUAAAUAGAUUCAAGAGGAAAUUGCCAUUAGGAAUCACUGGGAUCUUUUCAGAUUUUACAUUCCCAGAAGUAGCAGUAACAGAUCCAGCGGUUGUAAUCUCUCUGUUGACAGUGGCUUUUCAUCAGCUGAAUAACCAUCUCUGCCUCAGAUUUGUUACUUAUUACCGAUAUGAUGCCCUAUAAAUCCCCAGAGUUCUGAAGUAAGUGAUCAUAAUAAAAAACCAGGAGGUGGAACCACCAGUGAUAUCUGGUGGAAUGAAAGAAUUGCCUCUCGGCAUCCUGAAUGCCAUUUAUUACAUGCCUCCUUGGGGAACAGGAGAAAGAAAACACAUUUAUCAAGCGCUGCUCUGUGCCACCCAUUGUACCGGGUACUUUGUUAGGAAUUGUGUGGAGAUGUGAGUGUUUGUAUGCACACACUUCAGAUGUGUAUGUAGUGACGCCUAGAAAACCCGCUAGGAUGGCGAAGCGCCCGCCCGCCUGUGUGGCCGCGCCUGUCCUGGGGGCUCUGAGGGGGGCCUGGCAGCUGGUGCGAAGGCAGGUCUGUCUUCCCAGCCCGCUCUGAACCUCACCACUGGGGACUCCCUGAUUUUCUCUGCCUGAGCCGGGAAAAAGCAGAAUCCCACCAGAAGGAAGUGGGGGAAGUGAAGAGUGUUUUCUCCGCUUACCUUUAGUUAUUUUUGUUCGUCUGUCCUGACUCAAAGGUGGGGAUGAAUUUCAGGAAUCUACAAGCUCACCCGGACACAAGUUGCCUCUGGCUGUGCGCCAGUGAUGGCGGUGCCGUGGGCAUCAUGAGAGCAGUCCCCUGGGUGAGCUCUCACCCGCAGCACCUCUGCACCUGCUCUAAAGUGAGCCCUGCUACUCGGACCUCCCCCCUGAAUCCAUCAGGUCCCCCCCGGGAAGCUUAUUCUGACAGAGAUAGUAGGGCGUCAGCUUGAAGGGUUUGAGUCAACGAAAUAUAAAGGGCUUGGCACAGCACUAGGCACCUAGUAAGCAUGCAAUGAAUGUUAGCUGUUUUAGUUACAACUUUUGGUCAUAGUAAUAACUAGUAUUAUUCAGCUGAUCUGCAUCACACCACUUAUUUCUUCCAUUAUGGAGGUUCUCUCCUUUAAACUGUUGAACUUGAAGAGGCAACCAAACCUUAUAAUCUGGUCACAUUAAUGCCCAUCAAUUCUACCUCCAACCUGGCCAAGCCCCGAUACCUCAAAUACAAGCAAAAAUAAGUGAAGAAUGGAGAAAUGUUAAGAGGCUUUAUAAGAAAGAGUUUCCGUUGUUCAGUGUGUUUGCAAAGGGGACUGUUAUGGAAAAACCUAACCAAAGUUGUGAAAGCAAUGGUCUUGGUCAUGUGGCAGCUUCCGUCUUUGCUUGGAUUAUACAUAAACUGUGUUGAUCUGCCCUGACUGAUAAAUGGUGUUUGAAGAAACGUGGGAUCCUGUUACCCUGAUUUUUUUUUUAGUUCAGCCUUAUUAAAAGCAUCAAGCACUACACCGCUCUCUCAGCAUGUUCAUAGACAGUCAUAGGGAGAACCUGGACAAAGCCACCCUCAUGGAGAAGCUGGAGCCUCUUGUAGGCGAUGACUAGGCUGGGAGCUCCUGCCCCACUCACGUCGCACAUCCCGCUCUCACUUUCCUCAGCUGUAAAGCGGCCUCAUUUCUGCAGUUCUUCAAAACCGUCCAAGUAGGAAGGGGCAGCUCUAGGAAGCAAAAUUCCUAAUUCCUCAAGUUCACAGAGUGGGUCUUCUAAAUGAGUGUUUCUUGCUAGACUGGACCGCUUUCUUUAGGAAUACCAGUUUUCUUGAAUUUUCAUGUUUCACAACUUCUAAAAUUAUUUUGCUAUCUUUAGACAGCAGAGUGUUGAUUAUUUCUCUGUUUAGGCUACACUGACCACAUGUUACUACUUAAAUAAACAAAAUGUUUAUUAUGCUUA